AUGAAUGGAGACAACCUGGUUCCAGGACCUCCGGUGACUGAUAAGAGAGCCAUCACCUUGGCUAUCAUUUUAUUCCUUUUGUGCCUGGUGGCAAUGGUGGGCAAUGGCUUCAUCACUGCAGCACUGGGCAUGGAGUGGUUGCUAUGGAGAAUGUUAUCACCUUGCAUGUUAUUGGUCAGCCUGUGGGCCUCUUGCUUCUGUCUAUGGUGGGUGGUGAUGAGUAAGAGCAUUUAUGUUUUUCUGUGUCCACUGGCCCUCCCAUACUACCCUGUACUUCAGUUCCUAGCCUUCCAGUGGGACUUUUUGAACGCUGUCACCUUAUGGUUCUCCACUUGGUUCAGUGUCUUCUAUUGUGCGAAAAUUGCAACCUUCACCCACCCUGUCUUCCUCUGAAUAAAGCAGAAGGUGUCUGGGUUGGUUCCAUGGAUGCUGCUCAGCUCCAUGGGGUUCUCCAUCUUGAGCACCAUCCUAUUUUUCAUAGGCAACCAGAACUUUUUAAAGAGAGGUCUGCAAUCUUGGAAUGUUAUCAGGAAUCUUAUAAGGAGAUCACAGGAGAAAUUCCACUUCUUCCGUUUAAAACUUGUUACCUGGGCAGUUCUUACUGUUGUCUUCCUCACUGGCAUAGUUUUGUUCAUCACAUCCCCAAGAAGACACACCAAGAAGGCCUUCCUGACUGUCUCAGGCUUUUGCCAUCCCAGUGCCCAGGCACACAUAAAGGUUCUCCUGGCUCUCAUCCCCCUUGCUAACUUCUUCAAUUCCUACUUUCUGUCACUUGUGCUCAAUGUUGCAGGUAUUUUUCCAUCUCAGGAAUUUAGGUACUGUGUGUGGCAGGCAGUGAUUUAUCUGUGCUCAGCAGUUCACCCCACCAUUAUACUCUUGAGCAACACAAAGCUGAGAGUGGUGCUGGAGAGGGGCUGCUCCUCAAGGCGUGGGGCAUCUUGA